AUGAUUGUUCAACGGACCACUUCCUUAAUCGCCAUCAUCGCUAUCGUUGCAUGCGCUCUAUUCAUUCUUUCGAAAACAACAAACACCACUUUCGAAUCCGUGUCGAACGUCAAAUUCGGCCCCUCGCGAUACAUUCCAACUAAGUUACCCUCCUUUGAAGACAUCCGCCAUCCAUUCCGUCCCGUCGCUCACAAACCGCCCGAGCAAGCACACAGUACGAGCGGCGAGUCAAAAUGGUUCAGUGACUGGCAGUGGCUGAACCCCUUUUCGUCGUCUAUUACGCUCGAUGAACAUCGUACCGUGCUCCCGCCUCUACCGGAACGUCCGCCCGUGUACACCUUUUACGAACCGAACAACAAGAACGAUGAAGCUCUACAAAAGGCAGACGGCCAGCUACUUUUGGCAUGGAGACGCGCUUGGUAUGCCAAGGGUUUCCGACCUGUUGUUCUCAGCCGAGCUGAAGCAAUGAAGAAUCCCCUUUACGAAGAGGUGCAACGACGACAGCUCGAUGCGGAAUUGGAAUUGGACUUUUUCAAAUGGCUGGCUUGGGGCCAUAUGGGUAGUGGAUUGUUUGCGGAUUGGCUAUGUUUCCCAAUGGCUCGAUACGACGACCCGAUAUUUUCGUACCUCCGUGCUGGCGCCAUUCCUGAGUUCAUUACUCGAUUCGAUACACUUGAUCGUGCAUUAUUUGCUGGUGAAAAGACCCGCAUUAACGCUGCGAUCAAGGCUGCAGUCUUGGAUGCGAAGGAUAAAGCUUCGUCUAUCUUAGAUCUUAUCCCGGGGGACCUUUUCAAGGAAGAACAGUCCAAUGCGUUGGCUUAUUACAGCCCAAAUACCGUUUCAACCGGUUACCGCGACCUUGUUGAGAAAUACGAUUCCAGUCCGGGUGCUGCACGACAAGCCCUCGUUGAGAUGAUUGAUGCGCAUCUGCAUACAACAUUUCUGAAUAGUUUUACAUCUGGAUUUACGGUCUUGAAGCCUCUCCCCGAACAUACGACGGCAUUGGUGCAGCCCGCCGUGCAGCUCGCACAAGCACUUUCUAAGUGCCCUACGUCCGAGUUUUCCGACUCGUGCUCUCCCAACCGUCCGACGUGCAAGCCCUGCUCGAAGUUGAAGACGAUCCCAAUCAAUCAACCACAGACUUUCAAGAAUGACACCAAAGCAUAUUCCAUUGGCGUCUUGCCUCAUCCGCUCACUCUGAUUUGUCUUGAACAUGAUUCGGUUGAGAUUGAUACCGCCUACAUCCGACGUGACACACCUCGCGAUCCAUGGCUAGCGGCCGUCACCACCGAGCUUCUCGGGCCUACUCGUGGGAAUUCUGCGCGUGUAGUCACUUUCAAGGAGCUAGUUGCCGGUGGCGAGUUCGGAUCCUCGACAUUCUGGAUGACAGUUGAGACUCUUCCUGCCAAGCAAGGAGACAACCUUCCAGCAGUGUUGGUAACCGAGCUAGAAUGGCAUUUCGGAUUCAAGAUCAAGACCGGAGACGCCACAGACGAAUCCAAGAAGAGUGAAGAGGAACUUGAAGAAAAACCAUCUCUAGACCACGAGUAUGGGCUGAUUAGCAAAGCACGCGAGUUGCUUCGUGAUAAGUCGGGUCGCAUCAGCCUGCGCAAUGUCGCAGAAGCCUGGAAUCUGGCAGAUAUUGAAGCGUGGCGAUUUGUGCAAGCAUAUAGGGCGCGCAGUGUUGUCGAACGACAGCAAUGGGAGGAGGAAGAAAAGAGCUUUAUCGGAGCCAAAGCUGAUUGA